CAUAGUCUUUAAGGGUCCCUUCCAACGAAAACAAUUCUAUGAUUUUGUAUUCUGUGAAAAUAUUCUUGAGAGGGAGCAUCCAGUACAGAAGGGGAUAAAUUUUUACACGUUAUUUCACAAUACUAUUUUUCUGUUUUAAAUACCGCUGUGAAAGGCAUUCUUCCAAAAGGUUAUUGCCUACUCAGUGAGUACUUGUGGGGCUAUAAAAUUACUGACUGAUCAUCUUUAAGUUAGUAAGUGAAAGUGAAUGUUCUUGUUUUAUAUAUAUAAUUAGACAUCUAGAUAAUUGAAUCGCAGACACUUACAUUUUUCCCAAAAUGCAGUACCACUUGUUUUGGUUUAUAUAUGCUUUCUUCUCAAGAAAAAAAUAAUCAUGCACAGAGAUUCCUUUCUAUUCUCCAGUGUCCUAAUGGCAGACAAAAGUAAGGCAUACCUUGGCUAGGCACACACCAUUGAAGAUAGAUGCCCAACAGAGAAGUUACUACUGCUACAGAGGUUAGGUGUGCUGAUGUUAACAGCUGUGGAUGUGGUGCCUUUGGCACCAGGGUGCCCAGCUCAUCACUCCAGGGCAGACUGUGCUGCUUGACUUCCUACCAGAUUGUUUCGUUCAGCCUAUUGCUGUGAGCAAAAAAGGGAACAUGUGUUAGACCUAGAGCUGAGAACUGGUUGUUAAUCUAAUUAAAAUCUUAAUGGCCUAAUCAAAGGCUUAGUACUAGUCCAGUUAUUAACACAGUUCAGGUUGUGCACAGUUACAGUGAUAGAGGUACAAAACCUCUGACACCAGACUUUCUUCACCGACUGACUCUUCCCCUGGGACCUGAAGGGCUUUGUCUGGGCUGGGGGGGGGGAGGGGAGGUCAGCAUCCCACCUCUCUUGGAAGGAGGGAAAGUGUGCUGAUGGUUUUUCUUCCUUGUCAUGUGUCCACUUGGGAUUGCUUUUAUGCUUGUUAACACACUGCACACCUUAUUCUUUCCCCAGCACAUGAUGGCUCUGUCAUCACUGAAUUUAUACAUACGGUGCAUUUUACACAUGUUGAGAACUUGUCCUUUGUUCUGUGUCAUUACUUAUAGAACUGAUUUUACCCAUCUCCCGUGGCUGUAUCACCUGGUGAGCAAUAAUUAAUUGACCACUGGUUAGCUAUUAUAGUGCAGGGCCCCCCUGUUGCCCUGUGUACUUUAAGGCCCCUACAGUCAUCCUAUGCCUGUGAGCCUCCAUGCUCUAUUUUUCCAAGGCUCACAGACUGUUUGCUCUGCACACAAUAACUACUGCUUAUUGCUAUCUGUUGGUUAUAAAUCAAAUUGUAGGUGUUAGAGUACACAGCUGUACAAAGCUAAGCAAAAACUAGUUAGAUAAGUUCCGUGAUGGUUAGCUAAUUUUCUUGCAGCUAAACAAAUAAAGCUUCAGGCAUCCAAGAUGAGUCCAGACAUUGUCUGACAAGUCCUGUGGCCCCAUUCUGAUAGCUGAAAAUAAAGCCUGUGGCUUCUUGCAAACAGUGACAACGCCAUGUUUGCUAUAGGCUGCAUACACAAUUACAGUUUUUAUGUCGUUACAGUCAGGAUGUCUGAAGUAGUUUGAUGCCUGUUACAGCCCUGUAGAGCAUUAUCUUUGUAUUUUGUGUUAUUUUACUAUUCUAACAUUGGCAUAUAUCUUAUUUUCUAUCUUUAUCACCCGGGAUUCUAUCUUGUGGAGGCAGACAUAAAGCAGUCUUACCUGUGUAUCCUGUAAAGAACAGGAUGUUGCCAAAGCUGUGUCUGUGUUUCAGUUUGGAAUCAAGGGGUGAGGUAACAAAUUCUGUGAGACCAGGAUUGAGGAGCAGAGCUGCUUGGGAGUAUGGUUGUGUUCUCAUAAGUUCAAACGUCUUACGUGAUCUUAGUCUUACACUCAUUAAUGCUUGUGAAAUCUUUGUUACCUUCACAAAGGAGGAAAUACAAUUAUAGUUAGGUGUACACUUCUGAAAUAUCUUUGAUAGCUUCGCAGAUUCAAGGUAAAAGAAAAUAGUCAUUGCUGAUCAUUCACGUGUUCACUACAGCUGACUCCUUCCAGCACACGUUAAGGAAUCUCUAGGGCAAGUGAUCUCAAGCAUUGCUCAUCUUCUUUCUGUUUUCAUCAGAAUACUCUCUGACAUAAGUUUCAGGCAUCUGAUUUAUUUUGACCUCUUUAAAAAUACUUAGGUCUUCAAAGAGCAUUAUAUUAGGAAGUUACUCCCCAAGUAAAGAAAAACAGUCUCUUCCGAAUAAUUCAGUAAUAAUUCAGUAAUAAUUUCCCAGCAGCUUCUCAGUUUAGAAAUCUGUUGGAAUAUUUAUUUCUCUAAUUCCUGCCAUAUAGAUUAUGAGGGCAAAUCCAUCUUUGUCACUGGAGGCAGAGCUGUAUGUGCUAACAGUGUAGUGGGCUGGAAAGCUUGAAUUUGUGAUGAAAACUGUCUUGGCAGCUGAUGUUUCUGUUCUGCUUGGCUAUGCAGUUCUUCACAUAUAGAGGGGAACAGAAGGGAUAGUAAAGUGACAUAAUAUGGUGAAAAUUUUGCAGCUCAUUUACAGGUAUGUCAUAUGCCCUGCAGUGCAGAAGAGAUCUGAUUGAGAGCAGCUCAGUUUUUUUGUGUGUAGUUUACUUGAGCUCCUAUCUUGUUUCUAAAUGGUUAUGUCAUUCUACAGGCAGGAGUGCUGGGCUCUGGUGUGUGUACUGUUUAUUCGCCCAUUAGAGGCUUGAUAUCUUGAGUUUGGAAAGAUGGGAAAUAGGUGGAGAAAUAAACUUAACUGUGGGAAGAGAGGUGGAAGGUACAGGAGGCUGAGUUUAGUCAGUCCAAUACGUCAUGCACAGAUGAGAAGAUUCAGUUUUGAGUGAGAAAGGCAAGGAAAGCUUUCAAUGUAUUUCCUUCAAUGUUCUCAGUGUCUGAAAAAUGCAAAAGGUGAUUUUUACAUAGAGAUUAGACUUUUCAGUUUACAUCAAAAGGCAAUCUGCAGAAGCAGUCAUUCCCUUUUUACACCUGGUAAUGUUUACCAUAUACUAGGUGUAAAACAAGUAAUGCUUACCAUAUACCAGCAGGGUGGACUCUCUAUCAGUUACUUUAAAAAUAAACAUUAAAAGACUGUACAUGCAUUAACAUGUAAAGCAUGUGACACAAAUUUAUGUGCUUUUACCAGUUCUGGAAGCAUACAAGAGUACUUCCCAAGGCAAGGAGCACACUAACACAGAAAAAUGCAUUUGAAAUGAUAACUUCUCUUUGCUGAGCUGAACUACAAAGAUCUCAUGCUUUGGAGAUGAAGAUGAUAAACACAAAGAAUAAAUCCAGCUUCUGCUGCUGUGAAUAUUAAAAGGUCCUUUGUGUCAAAAUGAACAGUCUUUGAGAAGAAUCUGGAAGCUGCUAAAUCUAAAAGAUGGGAGAAAGGGUAAGGAGCCCAGAUUCUGAGCAAGACAGAAGAUCGGAUGAGGACAGAAAUAGUGACUCUUAUUAUUCAGAUGAAGAUAAUGCAUCCCAUUCAUCUGACCGGUCGCCUACUCUAAGCUAUCCAUCGACAAGCCAUGAAAAGCGUGAUCACAAAACAAGAGCUUCAGACAGUCUUGUGCACUACCAAGCCACAAAGAAGUUGGGUUCCAAAUAUGCACCGAGCAAAAGAGGGACACGGUGGGGUUUCCGUUCUCAAAGCCUCACUAGGGAUUCUCCUGCGAAAGAGAUAGAUCUUGUUACAAAGAGAGUCCUUUCUGCUAGGCUGCUGAAAAUCAAUGAGCUCCGAAAUGAACUGACCGAACUCCAUAUCAAACUAGAUGAGCUGCAGAAGGAAAACAGGGCACUGAAGAGGCUUCAGCACAGGCAGGAGAAAGCCUUGAAUAAGUUUGAAGAUACAGAGAAUGAAAUUUCUCAGCUCAUUGCUCAACACAACAAUGAGAUUAGAAUAUUAAGGGAGCGCCUACGAAAAUCUCAAGAGAGGGAACGUGCCACUGAGAGAAGGCUAAAAGAUUCAGAAGAUGAACUGUACCGAACAAAAACUGUCUUGCAGAAACUGAAAAAGCUGUCUGCAGAUAAGCACCUUGCUGAAAGAGAUGACCUGGCUAAGAAACUAGCCUAUGCAGAGAGCAGACUAGAGGAGAGUGAAAAAAGAAUUAAGGAUCUGGAGAAAAAUCUGGAACUAAGUGGUAGCAGUUUUCAGCGAGAAUUACAAUUGAAGAAAAAAAAGGUGCUUGAAGCUCAAGACAAAAAUAGAGCUCUUCAAGAAGAGCUUCUUCAACUGAAUCAGAAGCUGAAGGAAAAAGAAAGAGAACUUGAUGCCAAAAAUAUAUAUGCUAAUCGCAUGCUGAAGGUAUCACCGAGGAAAGGGAUGGAUGUUAUUCAAAGAAAGAAAGCCAGCAACCAAAAUAUCAAAAAAGGAGCACAGCUCACGAAAGGAGUGCAGACCAAUGGAUGCUUCUCAUCUGUAGAACUUCCUCCAGAAUCAGAAUUUGUCUGUGAUGAUGCAGUAGAUAAGAAAGAGAGGAUUCUUUCCAGAAUAGAAAAAGAGCCUCAAAACAAGGAAUGGAAAGAGCAAGCAGACCUGCUAAAACAAGAGCAAGACAGAGAAAAGGAAGAGAAACUGAAAUGUGUUCAGGAACUGCAGACUUCAGAGGAGAGGUUUCAAAAGCUACGUGAUGAAUGGGAAAAAGAAGAAUGUGACAAAAUGAAAAAAGAAAGCAGCUUUUUAUUGGAUAAAGAAGAUAAAGCAAAGAUGGAAACAGAAACACACAAGCCUGAAAUAGAGACAGAAAGUACUGAAAUGCUGGAAGAGCGGCGAAAAAGUGAAUUUCUGCUUGCCAAAAUGAAUGAAAUUGAUAGAGAAACUCAAAAUGUAAUGAACGUGAAACUUGCUUCUCAAACAGUGUUCAUAAACACAUUGAGAAAAUCUGAUUCCCCGGAGAAGAAAGAAAAAAAUGGUCAAUUCUUUGAAAUUCCAGGAAAGGUUACAAAUGGAUUUCCCCAAGAGGAGAGCCAGGAGGAUGCCAUAAGAGCACAAGGGCAGAAGCAGCGAAAUUUAAGGACUGUAGAUUUAAGUAAUGAGUUAACAUUUGGUAGUUAUGUACCUUCCUUUGGAAAAGUAUCAGGGAGACCAAGUUGGCUUAAUCAGAAAGUUGACUCUUUAGAAGAAGACAUGAAGGAAAAUGCAGAUUUCCAUAGUAAGAAAGAAAAGAAGUCCAAUUUAAUGGAACAGCUCUUUGGAAGUAGUGCCAGUGCCAUCCUCCUCCCUAAAAGUAAAGAUAUGACACCUUUUGACAUAGAUUGGGAAUCAAGCAAUACUCUUCUUGAUAAAAACAGUAAAAUCAAAGUAAAAGAAGACAACGAUCUUUUCAGUGAAGGAAGAAACCUAAACAGACACCGUCUGCAACACGCUGGAAGCAAGCCAGCUUUUAAAACCCUGGGUUCUUUAGAAGAUGAAAUUGAAGAAGUAGUCUUACAAUGAUCAUAUUUUAUAUUUUUCAUAUGUAAACACUGAAUAAAUAUUUUCACAUAAUAUUUAUUAGAUACAGAUUUGAGAUAUUUCAGAUGUAAAGCCUUAUGAAGGAGUAAUUUACUUAUAUGGAUGUAUUUGUAUAGAGGAAAGAUGUGCUCUGAUAGAACAGCCUAACAUACACACAGGAAAUUUGUUUUAAAAAGUAACAUCUAAAUACAGGCCUUGGAGAUCUGACAGUCACUAUUUUGGCAGUAAGACAGUGAAGUUGUCCUGAGGGACUUGCUGAUCGGUGAGAUAGCUACUAGCUUGCCACUUAAGUCAGAGAUGAUGCUCUUGGCCCUACCUGUGCUCCAGAUUAAUGAUCCCUGUUGCCACAUGGCACCAUCUGACUUGUGCUGCUGUGGCUCGGGUGCCAGAGGCUUGUCAGUGCAGUGCUUGUAGGGAUGCUGUAGGAAGGAAAGGUGUUACAAAGGCUUACACUCAUGCACACCCUUCACCUGCAUGCACUCAUAGACACUUAGUGCUCUCUUGCUGGCUUUUGCACACAGUCUUUCUCUUGCUAUCACUCUCUUGAUUAUUGAGAUUUAUGUGUCAUCUGUAAUAGAUCAGUAAAACCAUACUUCUCACAAAAGAGAAUUAUUUAUGACAGUUAGCUGGCUGGGAAAGCAACAGGCUUUUAAGUGGGAGUGCUGGCAUUCAGGGCAGCUAGGAGAUGUGCAUCUCUGGCUAGCCAGUGUAGGAAGUGUUUUGUUACCUGUAGGCUGUUCACCAUACACUGCUUUUAGUUUGGUUGAUUUCUUUUGAGCUUCAAUUUGCUUCCCCAGGCAUUCAUACAGCCUUUAAGCUGUAUCAGGAAAAGGUGUAUGUAACGUCAGUGUCAUGAAAUUGAUAGAAGAGUCUUAACUUGCACAAAGCCUCAGGUAGAAAGACAAUUCUCUACACUGUAAUUGUGUUAUCUCAGAAGAACCUCGGCAGAAAUACAACGAACUCAGGAGCAGCUGAUCUCUUUUCUGCAUAGCUUUUCUGGAGAUUUUAAUAACAAACUUGUCCAGGUUGUCCAAUAUUUUCAGGUUAUAUUUAUUAUAUAAUGCCAUUUUUUGUAACUUCUGAAUUUUCUACAUAAAAUUCCGAUCAUUAGUAAGUUGUUUUUUAACAAAAUGCUUUUAUUAAAAGAGUUGAGUAAAA